AUGUCGUGGAAACUCACCAAGAAGCUGAAGGAAACCCAUCUGGGACCCCUCACGAGCACCUUCUCGAGGUCACCUUCAACCUCCACCAUCACAGACAAGGACAGCAAGAGCCAAGGGGACAUUUCUGGUGCUGUCACACCCACAAAUGAGAACACCAUCGCGGCCUCGGAAGCCCUUACGCAAGCUCCCGUCGUUGCCCCUCCCAAGCCCGGUAUUCUUGUCGUUACCCUUCACGAAGGUCAAGGGUUCUCCCUCCCCGAACAGCACCGCGCUUCCUUCAACAACCCAGCACAUGGCGGCAACUCGCUGUCGACCGGAAAUGCUCUCAACAUGUCGAGUUCGAUCCGCCCCUCGUCUUCCUCGAGGACCUCGGGUUUCAUGGGCAGGCCCCAGACCUCGGGCGGUUUCUCCGGCAUCCCCACUAACCACGGUCGUAUCUCGUCCAAGUACAUGCCCUAUGCCCUGAUCGAUUUCGACAAGUUGCAAGUGUUUGUCAACUCGGUCGAAGGAACACCCGAGAACCCUCUCUGGGCCGGCUCCAACACCCAAUACAAGUUCGAUAGUUGGUGA